AUGCUGAGAGGCAGAAUUGGAAAAUGGACCUUGGCCUUGACAGAAUUUGCCUUCAGAUAUGUUCCUCAGAAAGCCGUCAAAGGACAAGCUGUGGCAGACUUCCUAGCAGAUCAUCCCGGAGAGGAGAUUGAAAAUAUGGACUCUCUAGACAUAGCAAAUGCAGAUCUAUUAACCAGAGCUCACACCUGCCUCAACAAUCCUAUCUACUCAGUUCAUCUUGCACCUUGGAAGUUAUACUUUGAUGGAUCAAAAACUGAUAUAACUUCAGGGGCAGGAAUUGUCUUGGAAGAACCACUUGGAAUCAGACACUGCUACUCUUUCCAAUUGGAUUUCCAAUGCACCAACAACAGGGCAGAAUAUGAGGCCUUAAUCAUUGGCUUAGAAAUACUGGUAGAACUAGGAAUCCAAUCUGUGGAAAUUCUGGGAGAUUCCAUGCUAGUUUUGAAACAAAUUGCUGGAGAAUACAAGUGCCUAAGCCCUUCUUUGGCUGUCUACUUGGUGGCAGCUAGGAAUCUUCUGACAGAAUUUAGGGAAGCCACUUGGGAACAUAUCCCAAGGGAAGAAAAUUUUGCAGCCAAUGAAUUGGCCCAGGUAGCAACAGGUGUACAAAUGCCCCAAGACUGUGUACAAAGAAUCAUCAGGAUAGGAAAGAAAAGCCUACCAUCUGUUCUGGCCAGAGGGAUGGAGAUAGAUGUCAAUUCUGCCACAAUCACUGAAGAUGAUUGGAGAAAUCCUAUCAUGACCUAUCUACGAUAUCCAACUUUGCCCUCUGAGAAGAGAGUCAGAAUCAUGGCUUUAAACUACCUUAUGUGGAAUGAAGAUUUGGUCCGAAAGAGCAAGGAUGAGGAAUCUGUGGAGCACAUCAAGGUGGGAGAAAAAUGUGCUGGUUAA